UGUCAUAGCAACGCUGGAAAAUUAUGGAGAUGGAAUUGCUGUUUUCUACUUCUGCUAAAGCAAAAAACUGUCCAAAAAAGGCCUUCUGCUGAAACGGUUCCCUUCUUAAAGUGAAAGAAGCUAGAAAAUGUCAGAUUUGGAUGAUAUCAUUAGGCUUUACUUCAGACUGUCUUUAAGUAACAAAGAAAUCCUCCAUAUUUUAGCGCACAGUCAUCAUACUAUAUUAAGUAACCGAACUCUUAAAAGAAUUUGCAGAAGACUUGGGCUGUUUAGAAGAAAGAAUCAGUCCGACCUUGAAGAAGUGCUGGCCUUUGUCCAACAACAAAUAAUGACUAAUGGACAAAUGCAAGGUUAUCGGUGGCUACAUCUUCGUGCAGUUCAACAUGGAUUUGUGGUGUCACAAGACACUGUGAGACAUUUAAUCAAAUUGUUUGACCCAGAAGGUGUGGAACUGAGACGAGCACGACGGUUGAGAAGACGUCAGUACAAUUGCAGAGGACCAAAUGCACUCUGGCACAUGGAUGGUUACGAUAAACUAAAACCUUAUGGCAUUGCUAUCAGUGGCUGUAUAGAUGGUUUUAGCCGACAUGUUUUAUGGAUGGAGGCUUAUACCACAAAUAAUGACCCCAAAUUGAUUGCAAGUUACUAUUUGAAAACAGUUUUAUUCGUCAACGGAUGUCCAGAGAGGAUACGUGCCGACAGAGGCACAGAAAACAUUUGUGUUGAACAAAUGCAGAUAUUUCUGCGGCAAAACCACACAGACAGUUUUGCAGGGGACAAAAGUUUCCUUUAUGGAAGAAGUACAUCCAACCAGCGCAUAGAAGGCUGGUGGUCGACCCUCCGCAAACAAAGUGCACAGUUUUGGAUGAACUUAUUUCAAACCUUUCUGGAUGAUGGUCACUUUACAGGAGACUUUUUGGAUAAAAGCCUUAUCCAAUUCUGCUUUCUUAAUCUUAUUCAGGAUGACCUUGAUGAUGUUGUGAACACAUGGAACUCGCACAAAAUCCGGGCAAGUGGAGGUGCAGUAUCGGGUCGACCAGUGGCGAUGUACUCAUUUCCAGAGCUGCACAGGGCUGAAGAUAGACUCAAACCUGUUUCUAUGGAUGAGGUCACUGUGUGUAUGGAAGAGUGUACACCAAAAGGCCAAUAUCCCUGUGAUGAAACAGUCUUUGAACUUUGUUGUCUGCUUAUGGUAGAAAACAACUGGGAGGCCCCAAGAGAUCCACUUAUUGCUGCUGAUUUGUAUAUAAGAUUAAGAAAAGAAAUACUUCAAAGUAUUUAGCCACUUUCAGUGCGCAUAAAGAUAAUUCAAAAAGUGCUGCUGUUUAUUCUCGAUCAUGCCAUUUGAUGGUUUUUGCAAUGUCUGAUAGGUGCCCUCUAAACAGGUCUUCCUGCACUGCAUUUAAUUAAAGACAUAUUGUGUGCAAGCAAACAUAACAUUUUUGACAUCAUUCUGCCAGAACAUGAAAGUUUAUUGCUGUCAUAAUUUAAUUGUAGAAUUUUGAUUUGACCUGACAUUUGUCUUUAAGCUGUUACUGUGCUAAUUAUAGUAAAACAUAGUUGUUUUUUUUACAUGUUUUCAUUUCCCAAUCCAUAGUUUGUUUUGCUGUCACACUGUCAUUUAAAGGAGCAAUGCUGAUGCAAAGUUAAUUAUUGUUCUAUGAUAAUCAGGUAUGUACCAAAUGUAAAACCUUUUAAAUGGGUAUGCAUUAUGAUUAAUGUAAGAUGUUUUAUUUUUCAAACACAAUGCUGUUCUUUUAAACUAAAGAUAUUGACAAUAUAUAGUUGAGAUGUGAACAAAAUGGCAGCACAGCAAAAAGGAUGUCAUAAAUUGAACAUGUGGAAACCAGUUCUCUGAAAUAGAUU